AUGUGUAAGCAUGCUGUUGAUCGAAGCCAAGGCCAAUUAGUUGAUAUCACCAUUUGUGAUUUUGUUAACGAGGAGCUUCUUGAGUAUAUUUCUAACAGGAGACCCGCCAUCUCGAAUCGGCCUCUAUCAAUGGUGUUUUCAUUCUCGUUCAUCAUGCUUCCCCGUCAAGAUCCGUCCAUCGAUGUCACACCACCAAGUAUCCGCGAGCAACUCUCCAUACUCAUCUCUAUUUCCACCGCUAAUGUCCACCAUCUUUAUGCAAUUAUCACACAAAUGGUCACCGUCAACACCCUCAUUGGCAUUCAAACCAAAACCAUGGCCAAAAUCAUCAUGCCUCUACCUCCGCUUCCACCACUGAAUCAGCAACCAAGGCCGCAGCCACCGACAUCACCACCGUCGUCUCCACCACCGCAAUUGACAACAACAACGUUAUCCGCACCGCCAAUACCGCCGCUACAACAGUCGUUAUUGCCACCGCUGCCUCCAAAAGCACUGCAAUCGCCCAUGUCAACCCAACAAUCACUUCUACGUCGCAAAUGCCGCCAUAAUUAA